AUGUCCGACCGCGAGUUCAGUUCGAAUGAUGACCUGUCGCUUCCUAAAGCGACGGUUCAAAAGAUCAUCACCGAAAUCCUGCCUCCCAGCUUGGGUCAAACCUUUUCCAAAGACGCGCGAGAUCUGCUUAUGGAAUGCUGUGUCGAAUUCAUUACCUUGAUCUCCUCUGAGGCGAACGACAUUAGCGAGAAGGAAGCCAAGAAGACCAUUGCAUGCGAGCAUGUAGAGAAGGCACUACGGGAUCUCGGCUUUGCCGACUAUAUACCCGAUGUCCUUGCCGUGGCAGAGGAGCACAAGGAGCAAUUGAAGUCGCGAGAGAAGAAGCAGAGUAAGAUGGAGCAGAGCGGCCUCUCAGAGGAGGAGCUCCUUCGGCAACAGCAGGAGCUUUUCCGGUCCGCGACGGAGAAGUAUAACGCAGGCCCGGAAUAA